UUUAAAUAGGCACUUGAAAAUUCCAACGUCCCAGAUAACCUACCCCUGCCAAACAUUUCAUCCAUGCAAGAAGUAACCAUUUACGCAGUCAAAUCUGGUUGUGUCAUCUUCUAUCAUAAUUUCUUACUACACUUUACUGAUCUCCUCAUGAAUCUUCAAUUUCUUGCUCCCAUCUUAAGCUCAAAUUUCUGUGUCCUACACGCAGAAAAACACAAAUCAAACAAGCACAAUGGCAGCUCGCUGCUUGAACCCACCCAGGUUAUCUAGCACUGAAGAUGACACUAUGAUACUAUUUUCAACCUCUAAUUCUCCUCAAGACUCCAUCUCCAUCAGCCCGUCUUCUUCUUCAUAUCAUUCUUCUGUCUCCACUACUUCUGGUAAUCAUAAACUUUCUGUCACCAAUCUCUCCUACACUCUUCACCCACAUAAAUCCACACCCUUUUCAUUCUGUCUCAUGCCUCAGAAGCCCAAGCCUCUGCAUAUACUCAAUUCAGUCUCUUUUUCUGCCAAAAGUUCUGAGAUUGUUGCUGUUGUUGGUCCUAGUGGCACGGGGAAAUCCACUCUUCUUCGUGUCAUCGCAGGGCGAGUUAAAGACAAAGACUUUGAUCCUAGAAGCAUAUCGAUCAAUGAUCAUCCAAUGACAAGUCCAGCUCAGUUGAGGAAGAUCUGUGGGUUUGUGGCACAAGAGGAUAAUUUGCUUCCUCUGUUAACCGUGAAAGAAACCUUAAUGUUCAGUGCCAAGUUUAGGCUAAAGGAAAUGUCAUCAAAGGAUAGAGAAGUGAGGGUAGAGACUUUGAUGCAAGAGCUUGGGCUGCUUCAUGUUGCUGAUAGCUAUGUUGGAGAUGACGAGAAUAGAGGGAUUUCUGGUGGGGAGAGGAAAAGGGUAUCUAUAGGUUCUGAUAUGAUUCAUAAUCCUCCUAUUUUGGUCCUAGAUGAGCCAACCUCAGGCCUAGACAGUUCUUCAGCUCUUCAAGUGAUAGAACUUCUUUCAUUGAUGGUUCAGUCAAAGAGAAGGAUAGUGAUUCUUUCAAUUCACCAACCCAGCUAUAGAAUAUUGCAGUACAUUUCUAGGUUCUUGAUCCUGUCUCAUGGCUCAGUUGUGCACAACGGUAGCCUGAGAUCACUUGAGAAAACCAUUACCAGGUUGGGAUUUCAGAUUCCAAUGCAACUCAAUGCUUUAGAGUUUGCCAUGGAAAUUAUACAGAGAUUGGAAGAUUCAAAAAUUUCCACUUAUGAUAAUGACAUUUGUCCCGUGCAAGACAAGGAAGAAGAAACUGGUGAGGUUCAUAAUUACACAAGUGAUGAUAACAGCAAAAAGAUUUGCAGUGCCUGGUAUUGGAGCUUGAUUGAGAUCUUGUUUCUCUGCUCAAGAUUUUGGAAGGUCAUUUACAGAACAAAGCAGCUUUUCUUGGCCAGAACAAUGCAAGCUCUAGUUGGCGGGUUUGGGCUUGGAAGUGUUUACAUAAAGGUGAGGAAGGAUGAAGGAGGAGUUGCAGAAAGACUAGGCCUGUUUGCAUUUAGCCUGAGCUUUCUGCUUUCUUCCACAGUUGAAGCACUUCCAAUAUUCCUUCAAGAGAGAUGUGUUCUAAUGAAAGAAGCCUCAAGAGGAGCAUACAAAAUUUCCUCUUACAUGGUGGCAAACACUCUUGUCUUCUUUCCUUUCUUGUUUGUAGUGUCCAUACUUUUCUCAGUCCCUGUGUACUGGAUCGUAGGUCUCAACCCGUCCUUCUCAGCCUUUGCCUUCUUCAUCUUCAUCGUCUGGCUUAUAGUGCUCAUGGCAAGUUCUCUGGUUCUCUUCUUAAGUGCAAUAUCUCCUGAUUUCAUUUCUGGGAACUCCAUGAUCUGCACUGUGCUGGGAGCAUUCUUUCUAUUCUCAGGAUACUUCAUUCCAAAAGAGAGCAUCCCCAAGUACUGGAUUUUCAUGUACUAUGUGUCACUGUAUAGGUACCCUCUGGAUGCAUUACUCACAAAUGAGUAUUGGAAUGUUAAGAGCGAGUGUUUCUCAGAAGGAGAAUCAGAUUGCUUGCUUACUGGUUUUGACGUGCUCAAGAGUAGAGGACUUGAUACAGAUACAAGGUGGAUGAAUGUGAGCAUCAUGCUUGGCUUCUUUGUUCUGUAUCGUGUGCUUUGUUGGGCUAUUCUUGCUAGAAAGGCUUCCAAGGCAACCAUAUAGGCAUAGCAAGAUCUUUUCUUUUCUUAUUUUGGGAUUAUAAGCAUUACAGUACUCAUAUCUGAUAUCUCAUCAUCAAAACAAAACCCAGUAAGUAAAUUCCAACUUUCUUAGAGGUCUGGGGUUAAAAGUCAGCCAAAGAUCAGAAACGCCUGAAUAAAUACCAUAUAUAUAGCACCUAUUCAAUCUCAAGCACCAACUUUUAUGCAUUACAUCUUUUAGACCUACACGUUGAUGCUGUCCUAUUUUCAAUAUUUGUAUAUAGAAUAUACAUAUAUGGAUAUAUAAUAUAUAUAUGGAGGGUGCAUUUAAGGGUUAGGAUGUGAAGACUGUUUGGAAGAUCUGGUAGUGAGAGAAGGCUUCAUCUGCACAAUAUGUUCGUCACUGACUCCCAUCUUCAUGGCGUACCAUCCGGCCUCGAAGAAGCGUUUGACGGCAUCUUCCAUGUAGGCUUUACCUUGCUUCACAGUCAUUUCCUUCCCUAUAGUUUGAGGGUAACUGGUGAAGAUGUUGUCUCCUUUCAACACUGCUGCUAGCUGUAUCAACUCUUGCUGAAAUUCACUCACCUUUGCUUCUUCAUUUGGUCCCCCUUUUCUUAUCUUCACUGGGGUUGGAAGUUUCUCUGCGCAGAACAAUUUUCAUUUUUAAUCAUAUGAUUCUCUGAUAAUAAUAUAUCUCCUGUAUAUCAUUAUUUUUAUCUUGAUAUUUCAAAUUAUUUGGGUCUA